AUGGUAGCCACGCUCCGUCUGAGCCCGCCCGCGGCCCCCGCGCCCGCUGUGCGCCCGCCCAGCACCGCCACACGCCGCACCGUGCGCGCCCGCGCCAUGAAGCGCCUGGGCGAGGCCGACCCCAAGGCGCAGUGGAUCGAGGAGAACUGCGGCUUCGGCGAGGUCACGGACAGGAAGCAGCUCGGGUCCUCGGGCUGGAGCUCGUUCAUCCGCUACGACACCGCCUCGGGCAACUCGCUCUUCGUCAAGACCUCAGGCCGCAGCGCGCAGGAGAUGUUCAUGGGCGAGGCCGAGGGCCUCAAGGCGAUGUACCACACGCACUCGAUGCGCAUCCCCAAGGUUUGGCACUACGGCGACUUGCCCAACGGCGGGAGCUUCAUCGUGAUGGAGUACCUCGACUUCGGCGGGCGCGCGAGCCAGGCGGACCUCGGGCGGCAGCUCGGGCUGAUGCACACGGCGGAGCCGCUGCACGAGGAGGCCAGAGCGGGCAAGUUUGGCUUUGUGUGCAACAACACAAUCGGAGCGACGCCGCAGCCGAACCCGUGGACCGACGACUGGGUGGAGUUCUUCCGCGAGCACCGCAUCCGCCACCAGCUGCGCCUCGCGGGCGACGCCACGCUGAGCAAGAAGGGCGACGAGCUUUGCCGCAAGAUGCAUAAGCUGUUCGAUGGCGUGGAGGUGAAGCCGUCGAUCCUGCACGGGGACCUCUGGAGCGGCAACAUCGGCGCCGUCGGCAACGAGCCGACCAUCUUCGACCCCGCCGUGUACUACGGUCACCACGAGGCAGAAUUUGGGAUGUCGUGGUGCGCGUCGUUCGGGGGCGAGUUCUGGCGGGCGUACCACGAGGUGGUGCCGAAGGAGCCGGGCUUCGAGGACCGCAAGGACUUGUACCUGCUGUACCACUACCUGAACCACUACAACCUUUUUGGUGGUGGGUACAAGUCCAGUGCGGUCCGCUGCCUCGACUCGCUGCUCGCGAAGCUGUGA